AUGACUUCAACAGAAUCAAUAGAAUUAAAAGGGAGAACCUCUCACGAAAGUUACCAACCUAAUAAAGUCUCUGUAUGUGGUGAUGGGGACGAGUUUAUAAUUAUAGGCGACAAAAAGUUCUACAGACAUGAGCUAAUGACAGCAUUCGGUGGUACAUUGAACCCAGACAGAUAUGCGGCAUAUCCUGUUCAUGAGUUUGGGAAUGCGGCAGCGUUAGGUCUAGCAGCGUUCGGUCUUACAACGUUCGUUCUUGGGUUAUAUUACACAGGUGCUAUGGGAAUCGAAAUUCCAAACGUGGUGGUUGGUUUAGCUUUAUUUUAUGCUGGAACUAUGGAUUUUUUGACAGGUAUUUGGGAGCUUGUCAUUGGGAAUACAUUUGCAGGAACAGUUUUGACCAGUUAUGGAUCGUUUUGGUUUGCAUUUGCAACUCUUUAUAUUGAAGCUUUUGGUAUUGCUGCGGCAUACAAGGAUGAACCAGAACAGUUUGCUAAUGGUGUAGGUUUAUUCCUUAUUGGUUGGUUUAUUUUUACGAUGCUAAUGACUUUAAUGGCUGUAAAAUCGACAGUUAUGUUCUUAUCCUUAUUUGUUGGGUUAGAUUUUACUUUCCUCCUUUUGGCUAUUGCAAAUUUUACUGGUAAUACUGCAGUAACUAAAGCAGGAGGUGUAUUUGCUAUUAUUGCUGCAGUUAGUGGUUGGUGGUGUGCAUUUGCAGGUACUGCUAAUAAGCACAAUUCCUAUUUCACUGCUAAUCCUAUUACAUUACCUGUUUUUGGAAAAAAUAACUAA